CUAAAGUAUCAAAGAAGCUGGUACACAACCUUAUUCAUGAUCGUGUGAUGCACAACCCACUUAUCAAGCCUCGCGAAAUUGAAGAUUAUAUAAAAGUUGGUGCUGGUGUUAAUAUCAAAUAUCACCAUGCAUAUCAUGGUUUGGAACGGUCACACCAUGAAAUUUUUGGGAAUGAUGUAAAGUCUUACUCUGAUCUGGUUUGGUGGGUGAAUUCAUUGAAAGAAACAAAUCCUGGCUCUUAUGAGGAUUUUCAGUUUAACCAUGCAACUCAGACAUUUGAAAGGUUAUUCAUUGCAAUAGGCGCUUGUAUUGAAGGUUAUAGACUUUGUCGACCAAUGAUUUUUGUUGAUGCAACUUUUCUGACCGGGAGAUUUAGAGGUACCCUUAUGGCUGCUACUUGUCUGAAUGGGAAUCAAGGUUUUUAUCCGCUAGCCUUUGCAUUGGUCCCAGGAGAGGAUGUUGACAAUUGGGAUUGGUUUAUGUGCAAUCUUAGCAACAUUGUUGAUGACCGUCCUAUCACCUUUAUGUCUGAUCGUCAUGAAGGAUUGUUGAGGGCUAUUCCUAAACACUUUCCUACUUCCCAUCAUGGCUAUUGUUACUACCACUUGCAAGGAAACUUACCAAUCAGGAAAUCGGACGAGAAGUACAAAGAAGUUAUGGCUUGUUUCAAAAACAACUUAUGCUAUCUACACCACACAGCAAUAUGA